GAUCCGCUCAGGCGGAGGUCGUGUUACAGUAUGUCGAGACCGAAGAAUCCGAAUCACAAGGGCCAUGGAUUGUCAAGGGGAAAAGAGCGCGAGCAGAGAGCACUGAUCCGGUUCAAGACCACGCUUAUGAACACGCUCAUGGAUGUCCUCCGCCACAGGCCAGGAUGGGUGGAAGUGAAGGAUGAAGGGGAGUGGGAUUUCUACUGGUGUGACGUGAGCUGGCUCCGGGAGAACUUCGACCACACCUACAUGGACGAGCACGUGCGAAUCAGUCACUUCCGAAACCACUAUGAGCUGACCCGCAAGAACUACAUGGUGAAGAACCUGAAGCGGUUCCGGAAACAGCUGGAGCGUGAAGCCGGGAAGCUGGAGGCAGCCAAAUGCGACUUCUUCCCCAAAACCUUUGAGAUGCCGUGCGAAUACCACCUGUUUGUGGAGGAGUUCCGCAAAAACCCUGGCAUCACCUGGAUCAUGAAACCUGUGGCUCGAUCCCAGGGGAAAGGUAUCUUCCUCUUCCGGAAGCUGAAGGACAUCAUGGACUGGAGGAAGGGUACUGCUGGGAAGAAAUUUGUCAACCUGGAGGGCCAGCCUUCCCGAACCACCUUCAACCCCUCUGGCAGUCACGACACCAGAGGCUCCGAUGACCAGAAGGAGGAGAUUCCCGUGGAGAACUAUGUAGCCCAGCGCUACAUUGAAAAUCCCUACCUGAUCGGAGGCCGCAAGUUUGACCUGCGCGUCUAUGUGCUGGUGAUCUCGUACAUCCCGCUGCGGGCUUGGCUCUACCGCGAUGGCUUCGCUCGCUUCUCCAACACCCGUUUCACGCUGAGCAGCAUUGAUGACCAGUGUAUCCUGGCCUGUCCCCCGUGGGCACGUUCCUUCCACAACUGUUGUGCCAAGCUCUGCUCUGGCCACUGCCGAUACCGCAUGACCAAGACAGGCCUGGGCUGCAAGUGGAUGCUGCAGCGCUUCCGGCAGUACCUGGCGUCCAAGCACGGGCCGCAGGCGGUGGAGACGCUCUUCAGCAACAUGGACAACAUCUUUGUCAAGAGCCUGCAGAGCGUGCAGAAGGUCAUCAUCAGCGACAAGCACUGCUUCGAGCUCUACGGCUACGACAUCCUCAUCGACCAGGACCUCAAGCCGUGGCUCCUGGAGGUCAAUGCGUCGCCGUCGCUGACGGCCAGCAGUCAGGAGGACUAUGAGCUAAAGACGUGCCUCCUGGAAGACACCCUGAACGUCGUGGACAUGGAGGCCAGGCUCACAGGAAGGGAGAAGCGAGUUGGGGGCUUUGACCUCAUGUGGAAUGACGGUCCUGUCAGCAGAGAAGAGGGGACCCCUGACCUGCCAGGGAACUUUGUGACCAAUACACACCUAGGCUGCAUCAACGAUCGGAAAAAGCAGCUGAGGCAGCUGUUCCGCUCCCUGCAGGACCAGAAGAAAGUGUCCAGCUAAGCCCAGCGGCCUGGAGCCUAGUGGCAGGGGGAGGCGCCACUCCGUGCUCCCUCUGCUGCCCACACCAGCGCAGCCGCAGCCCAGCACAAGACCUUCACCUCCUUCCUCCCUCCGCCUGGCAGCAGCUUUGCUGGCUCAGCGGCCAGCCUGCUGCUGGCCGUUUGGACUGGGUCCCUCAAAGCUCCCUCCCCAUGCCACCCACCGCCCCCAUCUUUGCACCAGGAGCUGGCCAAUC